UCAGUUUAUAGAGUUUCGAGGCACAAAUUUGUUAUGAGAGUUCCUCUCAGAGGGAGUUUAAAAAAAUGGAUAACGUCAGAGCAUCUCUGAGUACACUGCUGGUUGUGAUAUUUGAAUUGUGCCUGGUUUGUUGUGAUAUAACUGACGGAAAUGCGGAACAUCUGAAGAGAGAGCAUUCGUUAAUAAAACCAUAUCAGGGUGUUGGCAGUCAGUGGGACUUUUCUGGCAGCACGUUGGUGACUAGCUCAUAUGUUCGCCUCACUCCAGAUGAGAGAAGCAAACAGGGAUCCAUCUGGAACACGGUGCCUUGUUACCUGAAGGACUGGGAAAUGCACGUGCAGUUCAAAGUUCAUGGGUCAGGAAAGAAGAAUUUGCACGGAGACGGCAUAGCUAUCUGGUACACCAAGGACAGACUGCAUCCAGGCCCUGUGUUUGGAAACCAAGAUCAGUUUCUUGGCCUGGCUAUGUUUUUGGAUACCUUCCGCAAUGACCUUCAUGGAAUGGAUCGUUCCUUCCCGUACAUUUCAGCCAUGGUGAACAACGGCACCGUGAACUAUGACCAUAGCAAAGACGGACGGUCAUCUGAGCUGGGGGGCUGCUCGGCUGAGAUUAGAAACCGAGACCAUGACACGUACCUUGCGAUUCGUUACUCCAGAGGGAGACUUACUGUUAUGGUUGACGUUGAUGACAAGAAUGAGUGGAAAGAGUGCAUCGACAUUGGAGGUGUUCGUCUUCCUACCGGUUAUUUCUUCGGGGCUUCAGCAGCUACAGGAGAUCUGUCUGAUAACCAUGACAUCAUCUCCAUGAAGCUAUACCAGCUAAUGGUGGAACACACGCCUGAGGAGGAGAGCCAGGACUGGACGAAGAUCGAGCCCAGCGUCAGCCUCCUCAAGUCUCCUAAAGACAACAUUGAUGAUCCUACCGGCAACUUCCGAGGCACCCCCCUCACAGGCUGGAAGGUCUUCCUGCUUCUGCUGUGUGCGCUGCUGGGAAUCGUAGUGUGUGCUGUGGUGGGAGCUGUGGUUUUCCAGAAGAGGCAGGAGAGGAACAAGAGGUUUUACUGAAAAGCAGAACCUGAUCAGAGAGCUGUUGUGAAAAGGACUGUUUCUCGCAGAUUAAGCACAUGCAAUGUGAAUUUUGUCUCUCUAAAGAUUGUUUAUCUUUGAAGCACUGCGCUUGAGAGUGAACUGUGGUGACUUGUGAUGUUUGUAGGAAAGUGCAACUAGUGGCGACCAUCAUGAGCCCAUGAUAAAAGCUGUGUUUGUUGUUUAUGUUCUGUGUCCAGUCUAACUUCCUAUGACCAGUUCACAACUGGUUAGGGGUUAAACACGUGUCUGCGCCCCCUUUAUUUUUGUUGUUUUGCGGAUGUUGUUGCGCUACAAACAAUGAAUUUGUUUUUCAUGUUUUUUUUUUUUUUUUUUUUUUUACACAAAAAGUCCAGUCAAAAGAACAUUAGUUUAUUGUGGUAACCACACGAACAAUACAAAUUAAAGUUGAGGGAAUUUGCCUUUUAGUGUAUUUUUUUCUUACUUUGUUCUUUCUUAGAAAUUUUUAAAUUGUUUUGUGUUGAUUUUUGUUGUAUCAAGUGGUGGGAUUAAAAGCAGUGUUCUACAUGUUUUCAAUAAUAAAAUGCAAAGGCUUUUUAGAAGGAAAAUACAAGGACAGAAUUUUAGAAAACUCAACACUUGGGUAUGUCUAUAUCUCAUUUAUUUUACAUCAGAUCACCUUUCAUGUUCUCUCUAUGGAUAUUUAAUCAAUAAAGCCUUUGAUCCCUUGCCUCUAAAGACCAGGCUUUGUUUGAUCAGUCAGUGUGGCUCUUUAUCCUUUUGUCAAGAAAUUUAUCACAAUUCCCCAAAGCACAACUCAGUGGAUGAGAAUUGUUGGUGUCUUGAUGAGCAAUAUUUACAUGGCUGAACAUCCUGUUAUAAAUGGGCACAGGAAGGAGUAAUUUCUGUUGCCAUCAUGUCCUAUAGUUCAGAUUCCUUCUACUGUAUCUUUAAAGUGGUUUAAAGCAGCACACUGGUGCCAGUCUUCCUCAUACUGUUUUAGAUUUAAUCAUAUCUUGUUAAGGUCUCAUAACUCCUAAAUAUUCAAUUUCUCUAUAUUUUUUUGAGCUGCAUAUUGGUCUAUGCAAAGUCAGCCCCUGUUGUUUUGUGUGUAUUUUAUGUUGAUGUUGCUAAAUUGUGAAGGGACCCUGGUCAAAUUUCAGUUCCAACUGCUCCAUCAAAUUAAUGUGAUUAAUAAACGCUAGCGGACAGUGUUGGUUAGACCUGAAGAGGAGCUGUUCAAGCUGUGUUUUGGUUUGUACAGGAAAACGUGCUUCAGUGUUUCUGUUGUGCUUUCUUUCAUUGGUUCUUCUCAGCUUUAGACCAAAUAUGGUAAAAUUAAUGAAACUUGUACUUUCAUAUUUACUGAAGAUUCUUUAGUUUAAUUCAGCAUUUUUGCUCUAAUGUUUUGAUCGUUCCUGCCACAUCAGUUGCAUCGGAAAUGGUUCAUCUCAUCACAAAUAACAUUAAAAAGGAAAACAAACAGUGAA